AAAUCUAGUAGGCUAUAGUAUCAACGAUGUCGUUUGAAGAAGCAAGAGUGGUAUUUGAUAUAGGUUCUGAGACUACGAAGGCUGGGUUUGCAGGGGAAUCGUUUCCAAGAUGUGUGAUGCGGUCCAUUGUCGGCAGAUUCCGCCACACUGGCUUCAUCGACGGAGUCCCACUGUUCUACUAUGGUGACCAUGCUAUCAAGAAUCGAGGGACACUCCACCUAAACUGUCCCGUCACGGACGGGUACAUCACCGAUUGGGAUGACAUGGAGAACUUGUGGCAUCAUGUCUUCUACUCCCAAUUGUGUAUGCCUCCUGAACAUUCGAGGGUCGUGCAUGCUAUCCAUGCUAUGUCGACUGUUAAAGAGAAAAAAAAAAUGGCGGAAAUAUUAUUCGAAGUGUUUGCAAUCAAAGGGCUAUAUUUGGUUAAGGCACCAAUCCUAGCACUGUUCGCUAGUGGCCGGACGACAGGGCUGGUCUGGGGCAGUGGCCACUCGUGCUGCUCCGCCACUCCAGUAUUCGAAGGUUUUCCCCUGGCCCACGCCACAGUCUCGUCCGAGUUGUCCGGGUCUGCUCUGACCGAAUACCUGCGCUCUUUGAUCAAUAAACUAGGAUACCAACUCCACACCUCCUUCGAAAAUGAUAUCGUCAAUGAAAUUAAGGCGAACAUGUGUUUUGUCAGCAAUGACUAUGCCGUGGAAGUGGACAAGCUCAAGUUCGACAAAGCAUCGUACGUGAUGCCUGAUGGCCAGAAGAUCCUGCUGGGGCCGGAGCGGACGCAGUGUCCAGAGAUGUUCUUCCAACCCAGCCUGGCCAACAAGAAAUGUGCAAGCAUCCCGGAUAUUAUCUUCAACAGCAUUAAUAAAUGUGACGUGGAUUACAGGCCAUUAUUCUUCAAAAAUAUAGUGGUCUCUGGAGGAUCCACGAUGUUCCCUGGUUUGAUCAACAGACUGAAGGCAGAAAUGCACAUCAAAAACCCAGGUGUGGAAAUGAAGGUGGAUGGUAUACCGAACAGGUCAUUGUCAGCCUGGGCGGGAGGCUCCAUGAUGGCCGGCAUAGACUCUAUGAAGGAUUUCUGGCUCACCAGCGAGGAGUACGAAGACUGUGGAGACGAGAAAGUCAUCUACAAGUUCUUUUGAGAUACAACGGCCUCUCUAGCGUCAUUGCCAUCAUCCCGGGCAGCUACACUGGAGGUCCCGGGUUCGAUCCCCGACUAUUCCAGGCCUAACCAGAGUAUAUUUUAAUUAAUGAGUGGGUUAGAGUAAAAGCAGUAAAAGAAUAAAAAAUACUUUACCCAGUAUUAUCGAAUUUAUUUGG